AUGACUUCAAUCCUCCGCCAAAUUGUCGCGGGGCCGAGACAACAGCACCCGGAAGCUGGACUAGAUCUCUGCUAUGUAACCGAUAAUGUCAUCGCCACCUCAGGCCCCUCCGGAAACUACCCUCAACGCGCAUACCGCAACCCACUCGACGCUCUGGUCAACUUUCUCGACUCGAAACAUGGUGCAAAUUGGUGCAUCUGGGAAUUCCGCGCCGAAGGCACAGGGUAUCCCGACUCGGAAGUAUACGGGCGCAUUCACCAUUUCCCCUGGCCAGACCACCACCCACCGCCCUUCGCAUUGAUCCCGAAUAUCAUGGGCAGCAUGCGGAACUGGCUGAACAACCUUGACGAUAAAGAUAAGAAGGAAGGGGAGGAAGGACCCUCGAAGCGAGUCGCGGUCGUACAUUGCAAGGCGGGCAAAGGGCGCAGCGGCACCGUCGCAACGGCAUAUUUAAUCAGCCAAGAAGGGUGGAAGAAGGAGGAUGCUUUGCAGCGAUUCACCGAUCGACGCAUGCGAGUCGGUUUCGGUAAUGGUGUGAGCAUCCCCAGUCAACUACGAUACGUCGACUAUAUCGAUCGAUGGGCGAACAAGCUCGACAAGCAAUACGUGGAGCGACCAGUCGAGAUCCUCGAGGUACAUAUCUGGGGCCUGCGAGAUGGAGUCAAGGUCGCAGUUCAAGGAUACGAGGAUGAAGGGAAGAAGAUCAAGUGCUGCCACCUUUUCCACCGCAGCGAACGCACUGUCAUUGAGGGCAUUGCUGCAGGAGCAGGAGCUGGGAAUACCACACCAAAACAGGAUGAUAUCAAGGAUAAAUCUCCUCAGAGUUCUACGCCAUCAUCAUCAACAACAUGGUCACCCAUGACCUCUCAAUCAGAUACCUCCACGCCUAAACCUAGCCUCUCACGUCGAUCAACCACAACCGGCGCUUUAUCGGCAGUGAUUUUUAAACCCAAGAAAGCUAUCAUCGUUCCAGGUUCUGACGUCAAUAUUGAUCUCGAGCGACGCAGCAAGGCCUCAUAUACCGGUUUUACCAUGGUUACAUCAGUUGCGCACGUCUGGUGGAAUGCCUACUUCGAAGGCGGCAAGGAUCAUGACUCUGGUGUUUUCGAGAUAGAAUGGGACGCAAUGGACGGAAUCAAAGGCAGCGCGAAGAAAGGGAUCCGCGCAUUCGAAAAACUCAAGGUGGUUUGGCGAUACCCUUCGCCGGACGAGGAUAUCAAGAAAGACGCCGCUCCCGUGAGUGGCAGACCGAUCAGCGAGCCGAAGCCCGGGGAGCCCAUCCAUGAAAGUUCAGCGGCUGAUUGGCGGGGCGAGGAGACAGAGACAGAGCAGAAACAGGAGAAUGUAGCGCCCGAGAAAGAGAAGAAGAAGAAGCAAGAUGUCAAAGAAGAAAGCUCUGGUUUCCCGGGGUCUGGAUUGUUGGCCGUCGGAGCGGGCUCUUUGCAUGAGCUUCAGCGACAACUAGGGUUGCGCAAGCAGACGGACGAAAGUAAAGAUGUGAGUUUGGCUGGAACGGAUGACGAGGCGCGGUCGACAACGGAUGAUGAAGGGCGGGUGUUGAAGGACAAGGCUGCAAAUGCAAAGAAAGAUGACAGUGGGGACUCUGACGGCGAGGGGGUAAGACCUUAUUUUGGUAAGGAUGGGAAUGAUGACUCUGGGAAUGAACAGAAGGUGGAUAGCAAAGAAAAGACAUCUGGGUAA